AUGUCUUUAAUCGAGCCAGAUAUCUCACCCCGUACCGAUACGGUCAGGAAGCUAGCCACAUUAUUAGACGAGAACCGAGUAGUUUUGGUCCGAGGAACCCCGUCGUCGGGGAAGACAAUACUUGCCCGUCUUCUUGAACGGCAUUACAUAAAGAUAGGUCAACCUGUCAAGGUCAUAACGGGCUGGCAUGACGCCCCUGAUGCAAUCACUCGUCCAGUUCAUCAAGACCGAGGAGCGGGAAACAGUUAUGUAUACCUCGAUGAACUCUUGCAGGCCAACACCGUGUUUAUUGUCGACGAGGCACAAGCAUCAUAUUCAGACCAUGGAUUGUGGCUAUGCCCCAUCAAGUCCCAAAGUAGCGGCGUCGAUGGCCCGAGAAUCUGCCUGUUUUCGUCGUAUGGAAGCGCUUCCAAUGGGUUUCCUAACUAUUUUGGUGGUCAGACUCCGGUUUAUUUCUCCCCGUCGCAGCGUAUAUCCAUCACGAAAUUCCCAGGCCCCGAUGCCGCAGAUGUUAGUCUCUUUUAUGAUGAGGAUGAGUUCCAGGAUGUAGUAAACAGACUCUGCUCCCGCUUCACCACAACCUUUGACAUGGACGCCUCUGCUCGUGCCUACCUAUACUCUAUGACAAACGGACACCCUGGUGCUGUCGAGGCACUAAGUUAUAAACAAGGGCUGGAGCACCGUAUUAUCCAGCGCAUAACAGCCGAAGUUCUUGGAGAAUUGUUAUACGAUGAAGCCCGCGUCUUCAAGGGCGUUCGCAAUUCUUCAGUUUUCAAAUCUUUUCCCUUACCGAAACAGUUAACGGAGACAGCCGUUAAUGUACUCCGUAAAGUUCUGAAGGAUGGCAGCGUACCAUGCAACCUUCAAGAUGAAGGAACCAGGAUCUGCUAUGAAAGGGGAUGGUUGCACUCAGACUACAUUGAGACUUCGGGCUCAGGGGACCCGAGCACUCUCUGCUUUCUUCCCACCAGACUACAUGCAAAGUUUGUUGAGUAUUACCUGCACGUAUCCCAACUGAAACCCUUCCCAUUUGACCAAUUUUCUUGCCUCGCCGACCUCUGCGAAGCAAUCCUCCGACGGUUCUCUCGUGAACGCCUUCUUUCGAACCCGGGAGCAAAACAGUCCCGCGGCAAUUUCUUCCAGCCUCCCGAAGCCCCCUUCCAAGACGAAUGGUAUCGUGCUUUCUCCUCAUUAGUCGGCCACGGAGUAGGCAUCUCCAGCAAAUGGUCUCCCCAGGAUAACGGCAGGGUUGACUUCCGCAUUAUCGGGCCUGCAUGGGGAGUUGAGGUGCUCCGAGACGGCGAUCAACUCUCUGAGGUCUGCGAUCGAUUCCAGGAAAACGGUCGUUAUCACCCUUUGAUAGCGGAUGCUCGCUUGAAGGAUUGGCUCAUUCUAGACUGUCGACACUCCCGUCCGCAGAAAUAUCGUAUGAUACAAAAAACUCCCUCAUCCUCACCUUCGGAAGCUGACUCUUCGCAUCAGAUGUACCGGGUACUAAGCUUUGGCGAGUCGUCUUCAAAGAAGACUACUCGUCGGCGUAUGUUUUGGGUUGCGACAAUUCUUUAA